AGGGAGGAGAAAGAAACCAUGAAGAGUGUGGUCUUGACUCCAGCCUCGGCCUCAUCGUCCAGGGCAAGAUCGGCCACCGGCCGAGACCGGUCGGAGGGCCGGUGCGACAGCUGCUACUUUCCCGGCUGCAGGAAGGACACCAACUGCCACUGCGAAAUCUGCCUCGCCAGCAUCAACGCCACCCGUGACCUCAUCCCAUCCGGCAGCGCCAUCCAACAGAGUUCCCUCACCAAGCUCUCCGCCACAAAACCUGUGCCCAGGAGACCCUUGGUGUUGUUCGACCCCGAGACACCUCCGGCGACCCCCGAGUCCGGCUCCACCAUCACCGUGACGCCACCGAUCCAAUCCUCCGUGAAGUCCAGGCCGCCGGAGAAGGCAGUCAUCAAGAGGAAGAGAUCUUGGAUUCUUGGGGACAGGGUGUUGAGGUUUCUUGCUGGUUUAUGCUUGUUGUGGGUGCUAGAUUCGGGGUUUUCAGCUGUAGUUUGGACUGAUUUCAGUCCUAAAUUGACUGCAGAGACCGUAAAGCAGGCAGGGGAGGAAUCUGGGGUUUUAUUGGGAGAUUUGACGGGGGGAUUGAGGGUUUUGCUGCAGAAGAUUGAGAGAGCGGUUGGUGAGAAAGUCUCUGAUUGUAGCUCUGAUGAUUCCGUUUGGGAAUUCAAGCAGGAAGGUCAGCUCUUCUUCCACUGGAAGUGUGUGAUAUACAAAUCCAUAGCAGAAGAAGUGAGCGUCUGGGGAAGCCCCCUAAGGACCUCUGGGUUGCUCCCCACUGGGUCUUCUUCAAGAUCUCUAACCCUUCUCUCAGGAAGAAUCACAGAGUGGUCAGAAGGGAAGCUGAUUUCUACCCUGAGAACAGGCAACAGCAGCUCAUGGAGUUACAGGAAAUGGAGCUUGGCAGCACUGCAAUUGGAUGCAGACACUUGGGUUUUGGAGUAUGACAGAAGUGCUCUUUUUGAGGGUUCUGGAUUGAUGUCAGCUGCAUGCGAGGUGUUGAGAUUGCGAACCUCGAAGCUGGCGAAGAAGCUGAAGCAUAAGCCUUGGAGGCUGUUGCUGCCCAACGCUUUCCCUGGCUCUUACUACCAGCAUCCAGAACAACACUUUCCAUACCCAACAUAAGGAAUUACUUCGAAGUUUUCCCGCAGUGUAUUAUCCAAUUCAUAUCUCAUCUCUUGUGAGAAUUGUAUUUGUUUCUCUGUUGUUUUAAUUUUAGACGUUGUGCUGAAGUACAAACA